CCAAGUGAGCGGUCUAACUAUCAGUAACUAUCGGACUACUUUGUCGUGGGAAUACCUGUCGGGGGGCGGGUUGAACACUUUUGUUUAACUUAAAGUUUGAGGACAAGCUCAAAUAAAUGGUAUUUGUGUAAUUGUCUUCAGUGUUGAAGCUCUCGCCUCACCUGUGGAGCAAAUGUGUCAACUGACUGGCGAGCAACGGUUUCCGCUCGUGCCGUGUUAUGAUGGCUAGCAGGCUAGCUAGCUGUACGGCUGGUGCUGCUGCAAAAAGAAGGCGAUAAUUAGCUAGCAAGCGGGCGACAGUUCGCUAUCUCCUAACCGAUAAGGCCUCUUAACGGAUAACGCGUUGGAGAUCACACUGAGGAAGAUCAUCAGAUAAAGAUAUGAUAUUUUUACCCAGUGGAUUACUCAUCAUGCCCUUUUGAAAUUCUGGAGUGAUUUUCUUGAUAACAUCAUGCGCGCCGUCAAAUCAGACCUCGACCACUGCUGCAGAGAUUUUGUGUCCUUACAUUUGGAUUUAUCGGGCAGUUUUUAAAGAGCAGCAGCCACGACUGGAUGUGCAGUCUUAUCUUUUAUUUCAGUGUGCUUCCAGUAAAAUAUUAGCUAUGUGUUUACGCGGGUUGGAUAUGCCCAGAUACAUAUAAACAUUAGCGUGACUUAGUGCGAAGGAAGCCCAAAGAAGGAAGCCCAGGGCGGGAUAGGCACACAGAAACUACCCGUUCCCAAAGAAACAUGGCUUCGGUGUGGAAGAGACUGCAACGUGUGGGGAAGCAUGCCUCCAAAUUCCAGUUCGUGGCUUCCUAUCAGGAACUGAUGGUGGAAUGCACUAAGAAAUGGCAACCAGACAAACUGGUGGUGGUUUGGACGCGCAGGAGUCGGCGGAAAUCCUCCAAGUCUCACAGCUGGCAGCCUGGCAUCAAAAACCCCUACAGAGGAGUGGUGGUGUGGCCUGUACCGGAGAACAUUGAGAUCACUGUCACUCUUUUUAAGGACCCCCAUGCAGAGGAGUUUGAAGACAAAGAGUGGACGUUUGUCAUUGAAAAUGAGUCUCCAUCAGGGCGGAGGAAGGCCUUGGCCACCAGCAGUAUAAACAUGAAGCAGUACGCCAGUCCCAUGCCCACACAGACAGAUGUCAAACUCAAGUUUAAGCCCCUGUCGAAGAAGGUGGUGUCGGCCACGCUGCAGUUCUCCCUUUCCUGCAUCUUUCUCCGUGAGGGAAAGGCCACUGAUGAGGACAUGCAGAGCCUGGCCAGCCUGAUGAGCAUGAAGCAGGCAGACAUCGGCAACCUGGACGACUUUGAGGAGGAGAAUGAGGAGGACGAGGAGAACAGGGUUAACCAGGAGGAGAAGGCUGCCAAGAUCACAGAGCUGAUCAACAAGCUGAACUUCCUGGAAGACGAGGAUCAGGACACGCCUCCUGCCAUGAGCACCAAUCCUUUUGAUGAGCCUGACGAUCACCUUCAUGACCCAAACAACCUCAACCCAUUCGGUGAUCCUGAUGAGGAAGAACCUCCUGACCAGCCCGUCUUACGGCAGCGGGUUGAUGAGGAUUCCUUCUACGACCACAACUCUUCAAACCCAUUCAGUGAACCAGAUGAACUCGAGACGCACACGUCCCCAGGGAACCCCUUUGAUGAGCCGGACCAGGACAUGGACCCUGAGCCAGACCCAGAACCCCCAAAGCCCAGGCAGAGGGUAGGGGUGCGGCCUGUCGACAUGAGCAAGUACUUGUACGCCGACACCACCCACAACGAGGAGGAGGAGCUUGAUGAAUCCAACCCGUUCUAUGAGCCAAGGACAUCGAGCCCCACACGGACCCCCGCUGGCACCCCCUCCCUGGAUGUGGGCAGCAGCCAAAAGAGGAGGGCUCCCCCGCCCCCAAGUUCCAGCCCUGGCCUCGGCCCCAGUCCGCCAGCUCCCAAACCCAGCUCUGGCCCAGACAGGGAGAGAACCCAGCCAGCCGGGCCCAGCCCAGUGGCAGCAGUGAUUGGGAGAGAGCUGGCCUCAUCUUCCCCCAAGCCCAGCCCCGUCCCAAGCCCGGUUCUGGGAGGGAAGCCCAACGCUAGCCAGUCUCUUCUGGCCUGGUGCCGCGAAGUCACCAAGAACUACCGCGGGGUGAAGAUCACCAACUUCACCACCUCCUGGAGGAACGGUCUGGCCUUCUGCGCCCUGCUGCACCACUUCAGACCUGACAUAAUAGACUACAAGUCGCUCAAUCCUCAGGAUAUUAAAGAAAACAACAAAAAGGCGUAUGAUGGGUUUGCGAGCCUGGGCAUCUCCCGUCUCCUGGAACCAUCCGACAUGGUGCUGCUGGCCAUUCCUGACAAGCUUACAGUGAUGACCUACCUGUACCAGAUCCGGGCCCACUUCUCCGGUGAGGAGCUCAACGUGGUUCAGAUAGAAGCCAACAGCAGUCGCAGCACCUACAAGGUGGGCGACUUUGAAACCGAUACAAACGCCUCCAUAGGCCAGGACAAGUUCUACGCUGAACUCAAUGACGUGCAGCCGCGCCAGGCUGACUCUUCACCCGUUUCAUCUGCUGCUGGUGUUAACACCGAAUCUAACGGCACUAAAGGCGCUGAGGAAGAGGCGAUGGAGCCAGGUUGGAAGGCAGAAGUAGGAGCAGUUACAGCCAGCUUGCAAACAGCAGGGCCUUUGCAAACCUCACCUCCUGUCCCAUCACCACGCACAGCUUUGGGCACCUCCUCAACAGACUCGACCCAUGUGACACCGUCAGGCUCUGAGGACAGGGGGAAUCUGCUCAAAGCCCACACUUUAGACCUUAGCGAGUUACCACAGAGGGUAGAUAGAGAGAUGGAGAAAGAAAGACAGCAGUAUGAUGAGGUGGGAGAGAAAAGGAGAGACGGAGGUAUGGAGCCAGGGUCUCCCACCAGGAGAGGAGCCCCUUCCUCCUCUUCUCCACCGCACCAGAAGCUGGGCUUCUCCUAUAACAGGGACGCCGACCUCAUCAAGAAGAAGAGGGCCAGCCUGCGUCACUCGGAGUCUGAGCCUGCCUCAGACACCAGCUCCCCUCCAGUCAACCACACAGAUAUGCCCCCUAAACAGGAGCCAACACCUGCCCCUGUAUCAAGUCCCCCAGCUGAGAAGAAGGUGCUGUCUCGUCAGGAGGAGCUGAAGGAGAGAGCCAGACUCCUCCUGGAGCAGGCCCGCAGAGACGCUGCAAUGAAGGCCGGCAACAAGAACGUCCCCAACUCAGCUGUCACCGCACCAAACAGGGCCACAAAUGUCAGCGAUGAGCGGGAUGCAGAGCGGCGGAGACAGCUGAGAGAGCGAGCCAGGCAGUUGAUAGCUGAGGCUCGAUCCGGAGUCAAGAUGUCUGACAUGAGCCUGCUGGACCCAUCCAGCACUGAGAGAGUCAAGGGCAGCAAGGCUAGCCCUGCUGGAGAUGUUUUGGACGGAGUGAGAGGUCAUCAUGAGGGUGACGGUGUUGAUGGUGAAAGGGGUGAGGAUGAGGAAGAGGGGAGGGCUGAGGAGGAGCAGUUCCAUUUUGGUGGUGGUGGUGAUGAUGAUGAUGAUGAUACUGUUGCUGCUACCACGUCUGCGUCUGCCCUGGUUACUAACCCACUGCCACUGGAGGCCCCUCUUCCAGCUACUUCCAGCACCCAGGGGCCCCUGGAGCUUACUAACCCCAGCUCUGAGCUAUCCUCUUUGGGAACAAACAGUAAGCAUGUGGACCUGAAGCUGAAGAAGCUGGCGGAGGUCAGGCCAGGAGGAGUCACCUCCCCUUCAUCCCCGUCCUCCACCUCCUCCUCAUCCACGCCUACUGCCUCUUCCACCUCCCCACUCAGCCCUGCGGAAGGACUGGAGAAUAAUGCUGAGGAGUUACGAGCAGAGCGGCUGCGCAGAGCAACAGAGAGGUUGCGUAGCCCGGUAGUCUUCAACAAGGACUCAGCUGUCAGGAAAACACAGCUGAAGUCCUUCAGCCAGUAUGUGGAGAGCAGACCAGAGGUGAAAAGACAGAAGUCUGUACCUGAAGAUCUGAGGAGGGCCGAGGAGGAUAGAGGUUCACCGACGGAGAUCGAUAUCCGCAGACCAUUUGAAGAAGAGAAGGCGUUCAAAGACACCAGUCAGUAUGUGGUUGGGGAGCUGUCUGCGCUGGAGAGCGAGCAGAGGCACAUAGACGCCCGAGCAGCUCGCGUGGAGAAGAGGCUGCGCUAUCUCAUGGACACAGGCAACAACAAGGAGGAGGAGGAGGCCAUGAUGCAGGAGUGGUUCAUGUUGGUCAACAAGAAGAACGCCCUCAUCAGACGACAGAAUCAGCUCUCUCUGCUGGAGAAAGAGCACGAUCUGGAGAGACGCUUCGAACUGCUGAACAGAGAGCUGAGAGCCAUGCUGGCCAUCGAGGACUGGCAGAAGACGGAGGCCCAGAAGAGACGAGAGCAGCUGCUGCUGGAUGAGCUGGUCAUACUGGUCAACAAACGAGACGCGCUGGUCAGGGACCUGGACGCCCAGGAGAAACAGGCCGAGGAGGAGGACGAGCACCUGGAGAGGACGCUGGAGCAGAACAAAGGCAAGAUGGCCAAGAAAGAGGAGAAGUGUGUCCUUCAAUGAUUGUCAUUACAGAGAAAACACAACCAACAAAUGUAGCCGAUAAAAGAAAUGUAUCAUUACGAUUAUUGAUAUAUUAUUAUUAUUAUUAUUAUUAUUAUUAUUAUUUGAUAGUAGCUUUCCUAGACAUUUCUAUGAGUUGUUGGAUUCCUGCUCUGGUUGUUGUUUUUUGGUGAAACUAACAGCAGAGACUCGGCUGGAUUAAGAAGCCCUGCGAUGCUUUUGCACCAACUUUAUACUGACUCAAACUGUCCCACUAUAUAUAUAUAUAUAUAUAUAUUAAUAUAUAUAUAUUUAUAUAUAUAUAUACGAUAUUUUUUAUGUUAAUUUGCUUUAAGAACGGUACUUGUAUGUGAUAUGAAAAUGUAUGACGAGACAAAAGCAGUGCAAACCCCCCUUAUCAGACAGAUGGGAUAUUUGUAUGUAAUGAUGCAGCAGCAGCCUCCAUCCUGUCUGAAUGUGGAGACCAGUCGGAUUGAGGUACAGCACAACUGGGUUUAAUGGGGGGGGGGGGAUUUUUCUUUAUUUUUUUUUUUCUUCUUUUCAUGAUGUUGAGAAGAUGAGUUGGACUUUUAAAAAAAACCAGAAACAAGAGUCGUUAUAAUAUCAGUCUUUUCAAGCUACUUCAUUACUUGACUGUGUAUCUUUUAAUUAUUUCACUUUAAAGUUUUUACUUGUAAAAUAUCUUAAAAAGAGG